AUGCGACGUCGCCGUGGAAACAGGAGGCUGAAGGUUGGCGAUCGUGCCCGAAUAGAUCAGCGUAGUGGUACAGUUGCAUACGUUGGUCCGACUAAAUUUGCCCCCGGUGAAUGGAUUGGAUUGGUGCUGGACGAACCUCUAGGAAAAAACGAUGGAUCUGUUCAAGGCUAUCGAUAUUUUUCGGCUGCGGCGUUUAAAUCGCCAACGCCUGGAGAAAAUGAGACCAAAAGUCCUUAUGCAGCCGAGUAUGGGUUCGACAUAGGCGAUCGUGUUGUGGUCUCUGGUGGCAAGCAAGGUGUGGUACGAUUCAUCGGUGAAACAGAAUUUGCCCAAGGUAUUUGGGCAGGUAUCGAACUAGAGCAGCCGUUAGGAAAAAAUGAUGGGAGUGUACAGCGGCGAACUUUUGUUCUACCCCUAUUCACGAUUAAUGACCGUUAUAAACGAGUGAAAAAGGGUCUGCCAUGGGACGCUAGCGAAGACGCAUUAGGAAAAAACAGUUGUCUGGAACAAUAA